CUUUUACGUACAUAAUGUACAAUUUGGAGUAUUUCGGACAUAAGUAUAAACAAAUAUUGAGUUUGUAGAUAAUCUCAACUCAUUUCACACAUUACUGGUUUGGUAUCAAGAUGAAGUGGUUUUGCGUGGUUUUGUUUGCCAUCGUGAAUAAUUUUGUUAAAGCAAAUGUGACUAAUUCUUUUAUCAGCAACGAAAUAGUGCCUGAUGUGGUUCCCGUUGCCCCAUCGGAUAGGGCGGAUGUGCUGUUUGAAGUGAAUAAACAUUUUGUGAGGACUGGAGAAGGCAACGUACUGACACCGAGUGAUGUAAGGAACCCGCCUAUAUGGGUGCUAUGGAAUUAUACUACCAGCAAUUAUUAUACCCUCAUGAUGAUCGAUCCUGACGCACCAACCCGACAGGACCCAACUUACCGUUCCUGGCUGCACUGGCUGGUUGUGAACAUCCCUGGUAUCUACAUCCCUAAUAGAGGAGAGACCCUCGUAGAAUACGUCGGAGCUGGUCCUCCUGAGGGCACAGGAUUGCAUAGAUACGUAUUCUUAGUAUAUGAACAACCUGGCCUGAUGGAGUUUCAAGGAGCUCCCGUAUCUACGAACCGGACAACAGCUCACCGUGUUUCAUUCUCUGCUGUCGAUUUCGCCAAGAAAUUCAACUUGGACAAUCCUGUAGCUGGUGACUUCUUCCAAGCUCAGUAUGAUGACUACGUGCCUACCCUACAUAGACAAUUGAAGGGUGAAGACAAUGAUGUUGGAGAAAUAGCGUCUAAUGCACAAACAACGAUCAAUAUGAAUUCAAUCUUAUUACUUAGUUGCAUAAUGUUCAUUUUUAAAGCGACGUAAUAAGUGGAGUGGAUACCGAUUUUCAAUGUACUGGUGUAAGCUGUAAAAUUAUAUA